CAUCCAGACGUGACGUGGCUCUGCCCUGGUAUCCGAGGAUCUGUCAGAAAUAACCUGUUUUCUCAUUGCCUGUCCUUUAUAUCACUAGCCAGUCUGUAUGCUCAGCUAAGGCCACCUGUAAUAAAUACAUAGCUUGCUAAUCGCUAAAUAUAACAGCAAUGAGCAAAAGAAAAGCGCCUCAAGAAACUUUGAACGAGGGAAUUACGGAUUUCCUUAUAGAACUGGCCAAUUUUGAAAAGAAUGUGAACAGGGCGAUCCAUAAGUAUAAUGCUUACAGGAAAGCUGCCUCGGUUAUUGCCAAAUACCCACAGAAGAUCAAGAGUGGCACAGAGGCGAAGAAACUGGAUGGGGUUGGAGCGAAGAUUGCAGAAAAGAUUGAUGAGUUCCUCGCCACUGGAAAACUGCGGAAGCUGGAAAGGAUUCGCAAUGAUGACACCAGCACUUCGAUCAACUUUCUGACCAGAGUCACAGGCAUUGGCCCUGCAGCUGCUCGUAAAUUUGUGGAAGAUGGGGUGAAGACUCUGGAUGAUCUGAAGAAAAUCCAGCACAAACUUAAUCAUCACCAGCAGAUUGGACUGAAGUACUUUGAGGAUUUUGAGAAGAGAAUUCCUCGAUCUGAAAUGGAAACGAUGGAGGCUCUGAUUCUGAAAGAGCUGAAGGUGGUGGACCCCCUGUAUAUCGGCACCAUCUGUGGAAGCUACAGGAGAGGAGCUCAGUCCAGUGGUGACAUUGACAUCCUGUUGACACAUCCGGACUACACCUCCCAGUCUGAGAAGCAGCCCAAGCUGCUGCAUGCUGUUGUGGAUCAUCUGGAGUCGGUGGGCUUCGUCAUUGACACGCUCUCCAAAGGAGACAGCAAGUUCAUGGGAGUAUGUCAGCUGGCGCGUGGAGCGGAAGAGGAGGACUAUCUUCACCGGCGCAUUGACAUCAGGUUGAUUCCUAAGGAUCAGUACUACUGUGGUGUGCUCUACUUCACUGGGAGCGACAUUUUCAACAAGAACAUGAGGACUCGUGCUCUGGAGAAGGGCUUUACUCUCAAUGAGUACACCAUUCGUCCACUAGGGGUCACCGGCAUAGCGGGAGAGCCUUUGCCUGUGGACUCUGAGAAGGACAUCUUCGACUACAUCCUGUGGAAGUACAGGGAGCCCAAAGAGCGCAGCGAGUGAGAGGGAGAGCAGCGGCCUUCAGGGAGACUCAGGAUCUCUCACCGGGCUUCUCUAAUCGCCUUCUCUAAAGCCGCUUUUCCACCGCAUGGUGCCGACUCGACUCGACUCUGCUCAACUUUUUUGGUUUUCCAUUGGGCAAAAGUUGUGGAUAGUACCUGGUACUUUUUUGGUAUCACCUCCUUCGAGGUUCCAAGCGAGCUGAGGCGAUACCAAAGGCGGCGUCGCUAAUGACGAUUCGCUGCAUUGAUGGGGGUACUAUCUGCAGUGGAAAACGAAGAGCCUGGUACCAAAAGCAAGUCGAGUCGAGCCGGUACCAUGCGGUGGAAAAGCGGCUUAACAGGCUUUCUCUGUGUCAGAACAUUUACAUUUACAUUACAUUACAUUACAUUACAUUACAUUUACAUUACAUUACCUUUACAUUACAUUACAUUUACAUUACAUUACAUUACAUUACAUUACAUUACCUUUACAUUACAUUACAUUACAUUACAUUACCUUUACAUUACAUUACAUUUACAUUACAUUACAUUACAUUACCUUUACAUUACAUUACAGGCAUUUAGCAGACGCUCUUAUCCAGAGCGACGUACAACAAGUGCAACAAGUACAAGUUUAACCCUUGUGUUGCCCUAUCCUUUUUUGUAUUUUUAUAGCAUUCAUACACCAUCAGGGUACAGCGAUUGUCCUAUGAGUCUUUUAUAAUCCUUCAUUUAGGAAGCCAGAAAUUAUAAUCAAAGUUAAGCAUCUGUUACAGGAAAAAAAUAUAUUUAUUAUGAUUUGUGUUUUGUAGUGCAAACGAGUGGUGUGGUGUGAAGAAAUUUAGACUCUCAGGACUGUGAAGUUGGAGAACAGUUAUUUACCGACUUGAUGAGUGACAGGUUGUCUCUGCGUGAAAAAUGUUGAUUUAGAGAAGUGACUUAAUCACAGGGGUCUGGCGAGGGUGGGGCAUUUUUGACCCUUUGGACAUGGGGUGCAUGAUAAUACACAAGAGUGAAAAAGGCUGUUUAAACUUUUUUACAUUGUAACUUUUUAAUUUAAGUGUUUGUUUGUGUGUGUGUGUGUUGGGGGGGGGGGGGGGACUGGGGCUUUAAAUCAUAGAGGUGUAUUUAUUUCUUAACUGUAACGACCAACUGCAGUUCUAUUUGGACUUUUACAGUGCAGUGAAAACGUAUUUGCCCACUUCUUGAUUUCCUCUAUUAUUGCAUAUUUGUCACACUGAAUGGUUUCAGAUCUUUAGACAAAAUGUAUGUAAUAUGAGACAAAGGGAACCUGAGUAAACACAAAAAACAUUUUAAAAAUUAUUAUUUAAUGAUAAAUCAACCACCCAUAUCACACAAGUGAACCACCACCUUUAGCAGCAAUAUCUGCAACCAAACGCUUGCUAAUUUGAUAUCAGUCUUUCACAUCGCUGUGGAGGAAUUUUAGCCUACUCUUCUUUGCAGAACUUUAAUUCAGCCAUAAUUGUUUUUUUUUUUCAGCCAUUCAGGUCUGUCCAUGGGACAUUAUCCUAGAGCCUGGGGAUCAUCAAAGUGCUUUUUUGCAAAUGUGAAAUGAGCAUUGAGGUUUCUCUUGGUCAGUAGUGGUUUCUUCCUUCCUAUUUGUGCAUGAAUCCCAUCCUUGCCCAGUCUCUUUCUUAUUGUGGAGUCAUGAACACUGACCUUAGCUGAGGCUAGAAAGGUCUGGAGAGUUUUGGUUGUUUUUUGGGGAUUUUUUGUGACUUCCUGGAUAUGUUGUCAUAUGUUGUCAUAUGUUGUAUGCUGUGCCCUUGGGGAAAUUUUGGUAGGGCAGCCACUCCUGGGAAGAUUCAUCACAGUUCAAAGUGUUUUCCAUUUAGAGAUAAUGGCUCUCACUGUGGUUUGGUGGAGUCCGAUUUUACCCUAUUCAUGUUUUUUAUAUCAGUUAGAAGACAGAUGUUAAGUGUGAGAGUUAGAUUCAAAAACAUGUAUACUUUAGGCUAGUUUUCACUUAAGGAAGUAUUAAGCUAUGACCUUUGGUGAUUCCAUGACUCCAACCAUUUGAUAAGUUCCCUCAAGUGUAGGCCUAUUAUAUUGAGAGCCAUACGGCAGUGCUGGGGAACAGAAAACCCCUUUUGACGAGUUCCCACAAUAGCCCAUGUCAUAUUAAGUGAAUACAGAGCUGGGGGGGAUUUUUCAGGUUCCCAUUAUGUGCUAUAUAGAGCUGGGGAACAUAGGACCCUGGGAACAUAGGACCCUUUGUCAUGUUCCCAUUAUGUGCCAUAUAAAUCUGGCGAACAUAGGACCCUGAGAACAUAGGAAUGACCCCCUUAGAAAUGCCUUUGUAACCCUUUCCAGGCUGAUGUAUUUCAACAACUUUUUUUCUCAUCUCUUCUGGUAUUUCCUUUGAUCGUGGCAUAGGGUGCAUUUAGAAACUUUGUGGUGACUUCUUCACUCUGAUGGUAAGGUUCCCUAUGAGUGAGGUUUAGAUUCAACAAGGCUGAUUGCUAUCAAGCCUAGGUAUGUCCAAUCAGCUAAAUCUUAAUUAAUCAAUUAAAUUUGGUUAAUUGAGCAACUAAGGGAUUGAGUCAAUUAUUACUUUUCAUAUGGGUGUGUGAUUACUUUUUUCAUUAAAUAAAUUAAAUAAUAAUUUAAAAAAAUGUUUUGUGUUUGCUCAGUUUCCUUUUGUCUAAUAUUACAUUUUGUCUAACGAUCUGAAAACAUUGAGUUUGAUAAAUAUACAACAAUAGAGGAAAUCAUGAAAGGGCAAAUGUUUUUUUACGGCACUGUGUGCAGUAAGUUUAUUUCAUGAGCUGCUGAGAUUGAUAGCCUGCAUUAAGUGGAUGUGGUGGAUUAAUGAGCCAUAACUUUCAGUGUAGCCAUAAGAAUAUGAAUGUAGUGCUUCGGGAUAGCAUGUCUAAAGUACCUCUAAGCGUUAAACAUGGGAAUGGAUGUGGUAAACCUAUUUAAUAAAUGCAUUGUGUUUAGUGCAA